AUGAAUCUAUUGGAUCCACGACAAUUAAUGAUGAAUCCGUUUGCGUACAGUGUGGUGGAUCCGGCAACGAUAGCACUAUUAAGUACAACAUCCGGCACACAAAAUAGUAGUGCCGGAAAAAUUGUCACUUCUGCUAAUAAUUUACACAGCAGUAAUACUUCUGGUAAUAGUAGCUUCCGAAUUUCUGAUAUUCUUGAUUCAAAUGAUGAAAAAGCAAAUACAAGUGGUGAAAAUGAAUUAUCAUCAUUGGGUGAGGAUGAACGAAGCGGGUCAACGGAAUCACAUCGUUCUGGUUGCAGUCCACAUUCACAUUCUUCAAUUGGAUGUGGUAAAAAAGCUCGUAAAGCACGAACAAUUUUUACUGAUAAACAAUUACAAGAAUUGGAAGCAACAUUUGAUAAGCAAAAAUAUUUGAGUGUGCAAGAUCGAAUGGAUUUAGCCCAAAGAAUGGGUCUUUCUGAUACACAAGUAAAGACGUGGUAUCAGAAUCGUCGAACAAAAUGGAAAAGACAAGCAGCCGUUGGAAUGGAUCUGUUGAAUGAAGCAUCAAAUGUCGCUGCAAUACAACAGUUGUUGCGUACUAAUCCAUAUUGGGCCAACUAUAUGGCAGCUAAUGCGCUGAAUCAUCCAAGACUUUUUCCGCUUCAAACGUCAUCGCUUCCACUUGGCUUAUCAACCGUUGCAACUCCUAGCAAUCUGCCCUCUUCCACAUCAUUUGUACCACUUGCCAUACCAGCGGCAGCGCCAUCAUCACCAAUUGCGCCCUCUUCAACAACAACAAAUACGGUGAUUACCGGAUCACCGAUAACAUCUCUACCACUGGCAAUGUUUCCAUUCCAAGUACCCACUUCAAGUUUUACCCUAAAUCUUGUCCAAAGUCCACCAAUAUCAGUAUCAGUGGAAAGAUCGAAAGUAGAACCAUCAAAAUCAACAACACCGCUAAAUAAUAUUGAAGUGAAAUCACCUGAACUGAAAUGA